UCGAGCACCAUGGGUGUGAUAGGCGUACAGUUGGUGGUUACCAUGGUAAUGGCUAGUGUCAUACAGAAGAUCAUACCUCACUAUUCUCUUGCUCGUUGGCUUCUCUGUAGUGGCAGUUUACGGUGGUAUCAGCAUCCUACUGAAGAAGAACUACGGAUUCUUGCAGGGAAACAAAGAGGGAAGAGCAAAAAAGAUAGAAAAUACAAUGGUCAUAUUGAAAACAAACCCCUGACCAUUCCAAAAGACAUCGAUCUUCACCUGGAAACAAAAUCUGUGACUGAAAGGGACACUAUCGCAUUGCAUUAUUUUCCGGAAUAUCAGUGGUUGGUGGAUUUCACUGUUGCAGCUACAGUUGUGUAUGUGGUGACAGAAGCCUAUUACAGUAUUGUGAAGCCCUCACAAGAAAUGAAUAUCAGCGUAGUGUGGUGUCUGCUUGUCUUGGCUUUUGCAGUUAAGGUACUGUUUUCAUUGACUACGCAUUAUUUCAAAGUAGAGGAUGGAGGUGAAAGAUCAGUUUGUGUCACCUUUGGUUUUUUCUUCUUCGUGAAAGCAAUGGCAAUUCUCAUUGUGACAGAAAACUACCUAGAGUUUGGACUAGAAUCAGGGUUCUCGAAUUUCUCAGAAAGUGCUAUGCAGUUUCUUGAAAAGCAGGGUUUAGAUUCCCAGGGUCCUGUGUCUAAACUAACCUUCAAAUUGUUCCUGGCUGUUCUGUGUUCACUUAUUGGUGCUUUUUUGACAUUCCCUGGCUUGCGACUGGCUCAAAUGCAUCUGGAUGCUCUGAAUUUAGCAACAGAAAAAAUAACACAAACAUUGCUACAUAUAAACUUCUUGGCACCUUUAUUUAUGGUUCUGCUGUGGGUAAAACCAAUCACUAAGGACUACAUUAUGAACCCACCUUUGGGCAAAGAGAGCAUCCCUUUAAUGUCAGAAGAUACAUUUGACACUGUGAGGUUGUGGAUUAUCAUCCUGUUGUGUGCUCUACGGUUGGCUAUGAUGCGUCAUCAUUUACAGGCCUAUCUGAAUUUAGCCCAGAAAAGUGUGGACCAGAUGAAAAAGGAAGCUGGCAGAAUAAGUAUGGUUGAUUUACAGAAAAUGGUGGCUCGGGUAUUCUAUUAUCUUUGUGUAAUUGCACUGCAGUAUGUUGCACCAUUGGUAAUGCUCCUUCACACAACUCUGCUCUUGAAAACACUAGGUAAUUAUUCUUGGGGCAUCUAUCCGGAAUUGAAUUCUGACACUCCAGUAGAAAACAGUCUGCUUCCCAGUUCAGUUUAUUCUGAGUCUCCACCUGCUGAUGGAAAGAUGAAAGUAACUGUAGUACAAAUAACAAUGGCUUUGGGAAGCCUAAAGAAUAUUUUCACUCCUCUCCUGUUCCGAGGACUCCUGUCUUUCCUCACCUGGUGGAUUGCUGCUUGCCUUUUUUCUACAAGCCUUUUUGGGCUUUUCUAUCACCAGUACCUGACUGUGGCGUGAACAGGUCAACUGACAAAGCAAGUGUGAGGUCAAAUACUAGAUACAAACCCAGGUACCCAAGAGGAGAUGAAGAGAAAACAAGAAAACUAUAUAUGAAGAGAAAACAUAUCAGAAUUUUUUUAAAUACUUCCUCUGUGUUCUCAGGGUGAAUAUUCUUAAAAUGUUUAAAAUCGCAACUGGGUUUGUUAUUUUUGUUACCCAAAUGGUAGGUAACUAAUGGAAUUAUAGUAUCGGGACUCACUGAUGUUACUGUGUGGCAGGUGGUGGUGAGUGUGCUGAAAAGAUAACGACCUCUGAGUAUCUUGGUUUCCAUAAACAGCAAGCCAACCUCAAAACUUUGUGUUUUAAGCAUCAACAGUCAGUGACUGAACUGUGUUAGAAGGAUACUGGUUAUAGUGAUGGUGGCUGCCUAUCAAUUAAAUCUUGAAACUGAGCCAUACAGUGGAAGGAGAGAGGGGAUUUAAAA